UGCCCGUUUUGAGACCGCUUGACCCUUUUUUUUUUCCCUAUCAUCGUCCGUCCUUUCCCUAUUUAUUUGGGCUCUUCUGCCGCGGACCCCAAAUGGGAAAGAGAUCGGGAGCGAGGAGAUCGGGAGAGAAGCCAUGGGAGUCCCAGCCUUUUAUAGAUGGCUUGCCGAUCGAUACCCUCUCGCGAUCUUGGACGUGAUCGAGGAGGAGCCCGCUGAGGGCGAGGAUGGAGUCCUCGUCCCCGUCGAUCUCAUUAAACCUAACCCUAACGGUGUCGAAUUCGACAAUCUUUAUCUCGAUAUGAAUGGCAUCAUACAUCCCUGUUUCCACCCUGAAGGAAGGCCUUUGCCUGCCACAUAUGAUGAUGUUUUCAAGUCUAUUUUUAAUUAUAUUGAUCAUCUUUUUUGGCUGGUUCGCCCUAGAAAGCUGUUGUAUAUGGCAAUAGAUGGUGUUGCACCCAGGGCUAAAAUGAAUCAGCAACGAUCUCGACGUUUUAGAGCUGCAAAAGAUGCAGCUGAUGCGGAAGCUGAAGAGCAGAGAUUGAGAAAGGAAUUUGAGGCUGAAGAAAAAAAUUUGACUCAUAACGAGAGACCUGAAACAUCUGACUCAAAUGUCAUAACACCAGGGACUCAGUUCAUGGCAGCACUUUCAGUUGCACUUCAAUAUUACUUACAAUUGAGAUUGAAUCGCACUCCUGGAUGGCAGUCUAUUAAGGUUAUCUUGUCCGAUGCAAACGUUCCUGGAGAGGGUGAACAUAAGAUCAUGUCAUACAUUCGCUUACAACGAAAUCUUCCUGGUUUUGAUCCAAACACCCACCACUGUCUUUAUGGUUUGGAUGCAGAUCUAAUUAUGCUUUCUUUGGCUACCCAUGAGGUCCACUUCUCAAUUUUACGAGAGGUGAUCUCCAUGCCAGGACAACAAGAGAAAUGCUUUCUCUGUGGUCAGAUUGGGCAUUUUGCAGCUGACUGCAAAGACAAGUCUGGUGAACAAACUUCUGAGGAUGGGAAGGCCGUGGAUGAUACCCCAAUUUACAAAAAGAAAUAUCAGUUUCUUAACAUCUGGAUUUUGCGAGAGUACUUGGAGAAUGAUUUGGAAAUACCUGAUCCUCCAUUUGAGAUAAACUUUGAACGGCUUGUGGAUGAUUUUGUCUUUCUCUGCUUCUUUGUGGGAAAUGAUUUUCUUCCCCACAUGCCAACAUUUGAAAUUCGAGAGGGUGCGAUAAACCUGCUUAUGUUUGUUUAUAAAAAGGAGUUUGCAGCAAUGGGUGGUUAUCUCACAGAUGCGGGUGAGGUUUCAUUGGAUAGGGUAGAGCAUUUCAUCCAGUCGGUUGCCAUUUAUGAAGAACAAAUUUUUCAAAAGCGUGCUCGUAUUCAGCAGGUGACUGGCUAUUCAUAUGUUGUUGGCUAUCUGAUUUUUCCCUUAUUGAUUUAUACCUGCUUCUUUGUUUCAUAAAUAUGCUUUUUCCAU